UUUUCGUAUUUUUUUCUUCACAAGUGAUUAUUUAUACAUUUUAUCGGACACCCUACAAAUAUAUAAUUUAACGACGGUUUUAAACAUCUAUAAACACCCCUCCAAAAUAGUGGUACGUCCGCAGAUCAUUUUCGCAUAAUCAUAUUUCUCACAUUCCAUAAUGGUGUUAUCUGUAUGUGUGUCUAUUGAAGAGUAUAACACCACACCAAUGUGACAAAAAAUGCAACUUUUUUCUCUUUUCCGGUUGGACCCAUAUCUUUAAUAUGUGAAAGAAUUAUAAGUACUCCAAGCUCAACCUACUUCUCCUCACCACAAUUUCCCCUUCACCUCACCACAAUAAUUCUUCCCCUUCCCUCUUUCAAUGGACAAGGAAGAAUCUGUCCUUCCAGACAGUGAACUUCAACCAGCAACUACCUCCUUGUCUCUCACCAUUAUUGCCACCACUUCCUCUUCUUCCUCCUCCGCAGAAGAAGUCACAAACAUGGUGAAGAAGAACAAGAAUGAGAAGAAGGGUGUGAAGAGAAGCAACGAUGGGAAGCACCCAACUUACAGAGGAGUGCGCAUGCGUCAAUGGGGCAAAUGGGUGUCAGAAAUCAGAGAGCCGAGAAAGAAGUCCAGAAUUUGGCUCGGCACUUUUCCCACGCCGGACAUGGCAGCUCGAGCACAUGACGUGGCGGCUCUCACCAUUAAAGGCAGCGGAGCUUACCUCAAUUUCCCUGAAUUGGCGGCCGAGCUGCCGCGCCCGGCCUCUACUUCCCCGAAGGACAUCCAAGUGGCGGCCGCCAAGGCAGCCGCCACAGAUUUCACCUGGCACCGGAGCAGCGAAGCCGAAGCCGAGACCACUUCCUCUUCCUCUUCCUCCUCGAGUCACAAUCACAAGCAAGGAUCAUCAUUGUUGAAGGGUGAGGAUGAGAUGUUUUUGGACCUUCCUGAUCUCUCACUUGAUCACUUGAAUCAUAAUGCUGAUGAGGGGUUUUAUUAUUACUCCUCUGCUUGGCUUGUAGACUCUGGUUUUCACCUUGAAGUUGAAGAGCCAUUUCCAUGGGAGGAAUCAUAUUAAUAUGCACCCAAUUUCCCUUUUUGCAGCUUGUGCUAUACCACUCUUUUUAUUCUCUUUCUACUUUCUUCCUUUCACCUUUUGGGCUUAUGUCUAUAUCUAGAGCCUUGAAUUGAAGCCCUAUGGUAUCUAGUGUCUACUAUGAGUGCCACUUCACUAUUUCAGUGAUAGCAUUAGAAACUCCUUUACACCACUUGAUUCUGGAGAAGUUAAAUGCCUUUUGGAUUGACAUAAAAUUAUAGUGGAUAGAAACAA